GGUAAAGGGGCUGCCUAGGAGCCGCGCGAGUCUCCAGCAGAAGCGCGCUGCUUCACCCUCUGCUCUCCCUACUCCGCCCUCCGCAGCCCUCUACAGUCACCCCGGAGACCGGUCGUGUUAAACUCUCCGACCUGAAGCUGACUGACUUCCAUGGCAGCCGCGAAGAAAGCAGUUUUGGGGCCAUUGGUGGGAGCAGUGGACCAGGGUACCAGCUCAACACGUUUCUUGGUUUUCAAUUCAAAAACAGCUGAACUUCUUAGUCAUCAUCAAGUAGAAAUCAAACAGGAAUUCCCAAGAGAAGGAUGGGUAGAACAAGACCCGAAGGAAAUCCUGCAGUCUGUUUAUGAGUGUAUAGAGAAAACGUGUGAAAAACUUGGACAGCUCAAUAUUGACAUUUCCAACAUCAAAGCCAUCGGUGUCAGCAACCAGAGGGAAACCACGGUGGUCUGGGACAAGCUAACCGGAGAGCCUCUCUACAAUGCCGUGGCUGCUCCAGUUUCUCCUGGCUCUUCAGUUCCAGUUGCCGUUGUCCCCUCUGGCUCUCCAGUUCCAGCUGCUGGUUCUUCCUCAGUGUGGCUCGACUUAAGAACCCAGUCUACCGUUGAGAACCUUAGUAAAAGAAUUCCAGGAAAUAAUAACUUUGUCAAGUCCAAGACAGGCCUUCCGCUUAGCACUUACUUCAGUGCAGUGAAACUUCGCUGGCUCCUCGACAACGUGACAAAGGUUCAAAAGGCUGUUGAAGAAAAUAGAGCGCUUUUUGGGACCAUUGAUUCCUGGCUCAUUUGGAGUUUGACAGGAGGAAUCAAUGGGGGUGUCCACUGUACAGAUGUAACAAAUGCAAGCAGGACGAUGCUUUUUAACAUUCAUUCUUUGGAAUGGGAUAAAGAGCUCUGCGAAUUUUUUGGAAUUCCAAUGGAAAUUCUUCCCAAUGUCCGGAGUUCUUCUGAGAUCUAUGGCCUAAUGAAAGCUGGGGCCUUGGAAGGUGUGCCAAUAUCUGGGUGUUUGGGGGACCAGUCUGCUGCUCUGGUGGGACAAAUGUGCUUCCAGGAUGGACAGGCCAAAAACACGUAUGGAACAGGGUGCUUCUUACUGUGUAACACAGGCCAUAAGUGUGUAUUUUCUGAACAUGGUCUUUUGACCACUGUGGCUUAUAAACUCGGCAGAGACAAGCCUGUGUAUUAUGCAUUGGAAGGUUCUGUAGCUAUAGCUGGUGCUGUAAUCCGCUGGCUAAGAGACAACCUUGGAAUUAUUAAAUCCUCAGAGGAAAUUGAAAAACUUGCUAAAGAAGUAGGUACUUCUUAUGGGUGCUACUUUGUUCCAGCAUUUUCAGGGUUAUAUGCACCUUAUUGGGAGCCCAGUGCAAGAGGGAUCAUCUGUGGACUCACUCAGUUCACCAAUAAAUGUCAUAUUGCUUUUGCUGCAUUAGAAGCUGUUUGUUUCCAAACCCGAGAGAUUUUGGAUGCCAUGAACCGCGACUGUGGAAUUCCACUCAGUCAUUUGCAGGUAGAUGGAGGAAUGACCAGCAAUAAAAUUCUUAUGCAGCUACAAGCAGACAUUCUGUAUAUUCCAGUAGUGAAACCAUCCAUGCCCGAAACAACUGCUUUAGGAGCUGCCAUGGCAGCUGGAGCUGCAGAGGGUGUUGGUGUUUGGAGUCUCGAACCUGAGGAUUUGUCAGCUGUAACAAUGGAGCGGUUUGAACCUCAGAUCAAUGCUGAAGAAAGUGAAAUCCGUUACUCCACCUGGAAGAAGGCUGUGAUGAAAUCAAUUGGUUGGGUUACAACUCAGUCUCCAGAAAGUGGUGACCCUAGUAUCUUCUGUAGUCUGCCUUUGGGCUUUUUUAUAGUGAGUAGCAUGGUAAUGUUAAUCGGAGCAAGGUACAUCUCAGGUAUCCCAUAAAUAAUACCACCUCAUGGAUUCCCAGGAUGCAAGCUUUUUAUAUAAUGAGAAAAUCUGACAUUUCUGUCUCAUAAUGCAAUGACGUUAUUCAUAGCCUCUGAUUUUUUUCAUAAACCACCUGCUGCAUGAUCCUCCAAGUAGACUAAUGGCUUGAAAUAAAGAAAAUGCAGCGGAAAGGAUGCUCCAGAAACAUUUAGUGUUGUUGUUUAAUGUUGACAGACAGUUAAGGUUGGGCCAGUUACCUUUGGAGCUGACCCCUCCAUUGUAAUCCUGUGAUAUUCCCUCUAAGGUCUAGGAUGAGUUCAUAUCCUGUCCAUUGGAAUCUGUCAUCCAGUAUAUUCAGAUGCUAGUGAACCAGGAUUUGAUUCUCUUCACAGCAGACGUCUGAGGAAGGGGUUGCUAUUAACUUCUUCACAAUGAGUGGCUUUUUGCUUGUUUGUUUCUAACAGAUCAAAUGUCUUCUUUUCUACAUAUUAGAAGACCACAGCAUCACUGAAUAUUUCAAUGGAAAUGUCUAAGGAAUUAGUAGAUAAAGAUUUACUGUUCUGAUAACUUGAACAUUUUCUGAACAGUGUUUGCCAAAAUUAAAAAUUUUGGGGUGUUUUACACUGUCUCACUAAUCAUCAUGGAUAUCUGUCUGAAUCUUACAGAAUAGAACACUUUCUUUUUCUGGUUAUUUUUAUUUUCAUCUCUCCUUUUUGUAUUUUUUAUCUGUACGUAUAACAUACAUGCCUAUAUAUUUUAUAUACUGAGGGUAGCCCAUUUCUAAAUUAAGAGCACAUUAUAUGCAGUAAGUUAUAACAGGGCUGCUCUUAAGUGGACUACUAUGUAUAUAAAUUUGGGAGAGGGACAAGCUGUAUACAAUUUGGGGCGAUGGUUAUGAAUAUUAUUUACCAGGAGAAAAUUUUUCUUAUAAAAUACAUUUGAAAUUAAGUAUAUAUUCAAUUUCAAUAAAAUAAAAUGUACUAUAUUGUGAUUUCAACUAUAUUUCUUAUACUGUACCAUUUAGUUAUUUCAGCUGGCAGGAAAAGCCACUGUGGCGUGUAACGCUGAAUACUGUUCUCAAAUAUGAGUGCUAGUCCAAAUAAAAUUUUGCCUUUGAAUUGAUGUCUUCCAUAUUUGAGAACCUAUUGAGGAAUUGUCAUAAAUUUACAAAACUAAAUAGAAUGAAUGUGUGAAUAAAGCCAAUAAUCUCCUUCAAAUGUUAUUACCUGUUAGCAAGAUGUUCUUGUUUUCUGGUAUGAUAGAGAGCCAUCUCUCUUUAAUGCCAUAACUGACAAAAAUUGUCAUUGCAAAUGCCUCGCAGUGAAAUCAGGAACCUUGCAAAUAUUUUGAAUUAUUUCUUAUAACUCGCUAAUUUAAUUUCCUAACAUCAGGUUUUAAAAACAUAUGUGGUUUGUAGUAAAGGAAUAAUGUAGUAAGAAAAUAAUGCUGCCUAAUUAUUUUAUUUUAUCAGUUUGGAAUGGAAAAUAUUGAUAUAUUAAUAGAAAAAGGUUUAUUUGAAGUUGAUGCUAGAUUAUAUUUACUGUUCUGAUUCUGCUGUUGCUAAUUAUUGAAUCUUCUCGGUUUUGAUGAUAUGGCUGCCACUUCAGUGGCACCAGUCUCGAAAGGUACUGUGAAAUUCUUAUGGCAGAGAUACUUUUAGACCUGGCUUAUUUCUACAAAGGCAGGUUGAGCUGAUUGUAAAUAACUGUGCAAAACUCUGUUCAAUAAUUUUAAGAUAACAUUAAUUUUUUUACAAAAUGCAAGAUUUAUAAGUGUUUGAAAUUGUACCCAUUGAUAAUUAAUGGUAAAUUUACUUAAAAUAAAUUCAUCCCUUGUUUCUUA